GUGAGCGACUAGUAUUGCAACACUUCCACGACCGACUUUUAUUAGAGCAAAAACCAAAUAGUAUUCUGGAUAAUUUCCACAGAAGAGAAUUAUAUAUUUCGAAUCAUAUGUCAACGGCUUUGCUGCAUGUCUAGAAGUCUGUCAGUAGUGAAGACGUGACAUUGAAGAAUGUGACAAGGCCGGGCGUCCUCGGGAUUUCCUGAGUCCGUUGCCCAGUGAUGUUUGGAUUUUUAUCCAUACCGUGUCAUCGACAUUGGGACUCAGAUUAUGAGACAGGGUGGUGGACAAAAAAAUAUCGACCAUUAUAGACGCGUCAUGGUUAUCUGUACUUGUUGUAAAAUCCAAAUGCAUACAUGUUAUCCUAGUGGUUUAUUCUAUUUGUUGACCUGCAAGGUAUCUGGGUAUUGACUAACGUUAGCCAGCUACUUAAAUUAGCAAGGGGCAUUAAACUGGUAAACUACGAAGGUUGCUUUUAGUUUCUGGCUAGCUGGCGAAGCUGUGUAUUUGGAAGGGUUAACUAGCCGGACUGCUGGCUAGUUAACAGAUCCGUGGUGCAGAGGAGGUAUCAGCUAACCGUUGCGCUGAAUUCGGGACGUUUCCCCGGCUCCGGCCCCCUAAAACGGGCGGUGAGGAAGAAGUUGGCCGGGAAGGGAUGGCCUGGACGAUCGUCCCGGUCACAAGGAGCAGCGGUGUUUGACGGAGGGCGAGUUCGGCUAGAUCACCACACAAGGCUCGGCACGAUGAUGGCCGCGUCUCCUUCUGCGGCUGGGAGCCUGACCGCUUCUGGCAUCAGCGGCCGCAGGAGCGAGGAGAUUGCCGAUCUGAUUGACUUGUUUUCGAAGACUCAGUAUAGAGCAAAGGAAGUUACCCCGCGGGUGGACAGAAUAGAAAGAAGAUGUUUGGAACUCUUUGGGCGGGACUACAAGUACAGCAUCAUCUACAACACGAACGGCGAGAUUUGCGGUCACUACCCGCGGCAGAUUGUGUAUCUAGAGUAUGAGUGCACGGAGCCCAGUAAAGACAGGUUUGAGAGCACAGUCCAGAUCAGCAAACUGCAAGACCUGGUCAACCGCAGUAAGAUGGCUCGCUGCAGAGGCAGGUUUGUCUGCCCUGUUAUCCUCUACAAUGGAAAGCACAUCUGUCGUUCAUCCACCCUCGCAGGGUGGGGUGAGUUAUACGGACGCACUGGCUACAACUACAUCUUUUCAGGAGGUUCUGAUGACACGUGGGCUGACUCUGAGGAGGUACCGGAGGAUGACAACGCAGUGCGUAAUGGGGAGUCCCAGCUGUUUGAUAAAGUGAGGGGUUUAGACAUAAAGCUGUUACGUUAUCUGUCAGUGCGCUACAUUUGUGACCUCAUGGUGGAGAACAAGAAGGUCAAAUUUGGCCUCAAUGUCACCUCCUCUGAGAAGGUGGACAAAGCCCAACGCUACGCUGACUUUACCCUGCUCUCUGUGCCUUAUCCAGGGUGUGAGUUCUUCAAAGAUUAUAAAGACAGAGACUACACUGCAGAGGGGCUGGUAUACAACUGGAAUCAGGACUUUGUAGAUGCUCCCUUGACAAUCCCUGCCAGUUUUACCAAUAAUCUGAACAUAGAUUGGACAGAAUAUCAGACAUGGGACCUGGUGCAGCAGACACAGAACUACCUGAAACUGCUUCUCCAUAUCAUCAACAAUGACGAUGACAGUGGCCUGCUGGUCCAUUGUAUAUCAGGCUGGGAUCGGACUCCCCUCUUCGUGUCUCUCCUUAGACUCUCUCUAUGGGCCGAUGGUGCCAUUCAUGCCAGUUUAGAGCCAGCAGAGAUUCUGUACCUGACCAUCGCUUACGACUGGUUCCUCUUUGGUCACAUGCUGCCUGAUCGUCUCUCUAAAGGGGAGGAGAUUUUCUUUUUUUGCUUCAAUUUUUUGAAGCACAUUGUCUCUGAGAAGUUCUCAGUUGUAAGAAAACAGAGGAGGAAAAACUCUCAGUUCAAGGAUGCUGAUUUCACCGUGGAUGAUCUCUGUCAGUUGAAGUCCAGACACAGGGGCAGUGUGACCAGUCUGAGUAGUGAUUUUUCUCUGAUCACAGAGGAUGUGGCGGCGGCCUGCAGUGUGCCUGGAGAGGCUGCAGACCUGUUCUCCUCUGCUCCUCAGGCCUGUGCCGGGAGGAAAGCCAUGACGUCGUCUCCUCAGACUGUUUUCUGGAACCGGCCUGCUCUGUCAGACGAGCGACUACCUCACCCACUCACAGAGGCCAAGUCCUCCAGUUCCUCCUCUUCCAACCAAUCAGAACAGGGCUUCACUCGCACUGGGAGCAGCCCAUUGGCGGUGCCUGGGAGGAGGUCCAUGGUGGAGUAUGCACGCUCUGGUUCCUCUAUCUCCACUGACUAUGGUAGCUGGCAGAUUGUUUCGGGCUGUGGGAGCAUCCAUGACCAGCCCCCGCUCCCGGCCGAGUCUCCCCUCCCCUUCAGCUUCCAGGAUGAGGGACCCAGUGGCCGGAUGUGUGCGUACGUGCCUGAGAGGCAGAUGCGGUUGGAGGCAGUGAGGGAGUUGUUCCUGGCAGCGUACAGCUCAACAGUGGGUCUCAAGUCCUCAGCGCCCAGCCCCUCUGGUGCCAUCUCAGGCUUGCUGGAGCAGUUUGCCCGCGGUGUGGGCCUCCGUGGCACCAACACAAUCGUCUGAAACACAGCCUCCUCAUCGCUCCACCCAGUUUUCAGUCCUCAGCCCUCCAACCCAUCCUCCCCGCCCAAAAUAUCAGUCUCUCCAUCCGCUGUGUUCUGCCUUCAUCUCCUCCACCUUGUCAUUCCUCCAGCUGCUCAUGUCUCAACUGAACCGCUACAUCACUCUACCCUGCCUCCACCCGUACUUCCACCACACAGUCUGUCAGUUGACCUUCUGUCCCCAUCCUGUCAUUACUACACCUGUACCUCCAUCAUUUACACCCAUCCACUUCUUACCUUUUUACUGUACUGAAUUCUGUGUGAAACCCCUAACAUAAACCAUACCACACUCUCUUGUUAACUGUGUAUGCGUGUCUGUGAAGGCAGUUAUAAAUCUGAAGCUUGAUAACUGGGAGGGGAAAAGUGCCAAACUUCCACCCAGGGGCUGUGGUCUUAUCUCUUUUGAGAUUUUUAUUGGUGUUUUUUUUUUUUUUU